CGAGGAAGUGGUGAACAACAUCGAUCGAGAGCUACUCUAUCUUGCAAGGCACACGAUUGAGCGCGCCGUACUAGUAGUAGCAGAUGCUAGACGCAGCAAGCCCCCCUCCGAAAAUCAAGUACUAGUCAUAAAGGAGUUUGUGACUGCAAUCUUACGACAAGAGGACAGUGACCUUCUACGUGAUAGCGGAG